AUGAUAUUUCGCUCUGAUGAUGUUCGUCAUUUGACAGACGAAAGCUUGGCACCUUUUUACCGGAAUCGAAGGAGAUUGCCUCGGAAACAGCGUCAGCAUGAAUCUUCCAGUAAAACCAAUCGACAGCUAUCUAGAGGAAUCCGCCAUCGUGUUCUAGUGGAAUCGACCUUCGAAUCUCUUCACCCAACACCUUCACCCGAAAUGGAAGUAAGCUCAACAAAACGAGACUCCAAAAGUCGCCUCGUCUACCUCAAGUCAAUUGCCCUCCGUUUGCCGACUGAGCACCGCGUGAACGCCGCCUAUCUGCUCCACUUCCUGGCCCGGCUGGCCAGUUACGCCGGCCACAAUCGCAUGACGCCAGUCAAUCUGGGCAUCGUGUUUGGGCCCAAUCUCCUCGCCCCUGGCGCUGCCAAUCCCCUCAACGCCGGUCUCACUUCCCCCGGCCUGGCCGGGAAUUCGCCCAUCGUCAGCAAACGAACGGCCCACUCUCUGCUCGUCUCGCCGUCGCCGUCGCCGUCGCCAACGUCGCCGUUACCGUUGCCGGCCCGGCUGGCGUCCUCUCAGACUGGGUUCACAUCAACCACCACGUCCAGCAACACCGGCUGUGGAGCCAAUGCGUCUGGCAAGUCGGCUGGUGCCUCUCGACGGGCUCCUUCCGACGCCACAGCGUCCGCGAGGAGGGCCAGUUCGAAACCUUCGGUCUGCGAGGCGUCUGAAGAGGCGGCCAAGCCGUUUGAGCCUGGCCUAGGCGGCAACCCAGACAGAUCAAAGCUCGGGGUUGGGGCCGACGAUCUCUGCGCCAGUGACAUGUACAUGACCUGCCAUAAUCUCAUUACUAUUUCUAGUAUUUUUCGUAUUUAA